AUGACAGAGAGACAGUUGGCAAGCUUAGAGAGCAAGUUUAGUGCAGGAAACUAUUAUGAUUUGUUGCAAUCGUAUAAGGCAUUGUUCUUUAGGAAUAGUAAUGCAAACAAGACAAAGGAGACUGUUGCCUUGUUGGUAUCUGGCGCAACAAUCUUCUUAAAGUACGAACAGUGGAACUGUGCCGCAGAGCUAUGCAGUCUACUAGUAGAGACAUACAAGAAAUCAAAGACUACCUAUGAUGAUGUAUCAAAGAACACUAUUAUUACACUAUUCAAAGGAUUCAGAUGUAAUGAUAAUGUGGCAAUGACUAACUUUAUGCGUGAUGCUAUAAAGUGGAGCGCGACUAGUGGUGCAGGUGAGCGAGGAUCACCAGAGUUCCAUGCACUUUUGGCAGAUACAUUGGCAGCAAGCGGAGACUAUAUAGGUGCACAGAAGCACUACAUCUUUGGCAAUGAUCCCGCAAGCUUUGCCACAAUGCUCAACAACUGGGUGCCCAAGGACGACAAGUCUGAGGGCGACCUCUACAUCGCCCGCGCUGUCUUUGGCUACCUCUGUGUCAAGAACCUCAAGGACGCCAGUGUACUAUUCCAGUCGUUUGUCCAGCUUCAAGGUAUUGAGCAGGCUAACUUCACACCCCUGCUCAACUACAUUCGCUUCCUGCUUCUCACAUUGGAGCGUGAUGCCCUGCCCCUGUUCAACAUCCUGAAACAGAAGUAUGCUCCAACCAUUGCAAGAGACCCAAUGUUUAGCAAGUAUCUCGAACAAAUCGCCAAUAUAUACUACAAGGUGCCUAUCCAACAGAGUGGAGGACUUGGCGCACUGCUGUCUGGACUGAUGGGCGGUAUGAACUCGCCACUCUUUGGUGGUGGUGGUGGCAAUGGUGGCAAUGAUGACGUUUCGAUGGAGGAUGAUGAGAUGGACUAA